AUGAGGAUAUUAAAGAAUAAAAGUUUUAAAUCCGCGUAUAUUUCUAUAAUCAUAUCAGCAUUAGUUUUUGCAUCAUUAUAUGCAAUAUCAACUUUUAAUAAAAUUGGGUUUUCAUUUUAUGAUUCUACGCCGUCAACAUUGCCAACUAAACCAAAAAUUCAGGAAAAGAGCGAAUGGUUGACGAAUUUUGUUGAUCCUUUAAUUGGUAUUAAAGAGGGGGACGUGUUUCCCGGUCCUUGCUUACCAUUUGGUGUAGUAAAAGUUGGAAUUGAUACACACGAUGCCGGGUAUGCUGUGGAUGAAGCGGUCACAGGAAUAAGUCGUGCAGACGAACCUAAAUAUGGUGUAAUCAGUCAAUUCCCAUUUACUACUUCCAUGGAUUCAUUCGAUUUGCAUAAUUACUCUUCGAUUCGUUCAUUAGAGCGUUAUGAAGUUGGUUAUGGAUUAAUCGGAUUAAAACGAUAUAAUCUUGUUGUUGAGUUAACAGCGAGUAGGAGAGCAGCAUUGCAUAAAUAUAGUUUUCCACCAUUAAUUAAUGAAUCUCAUAUAAUGAUUGAUUUAUCUCAUAUAAAUUCUUAUGGACAAUAUGUUUCUGGUGAAAUUUCUGUAACUUCAAAUGAGAUGAAAGGUUUUGGUCGUUACAAAGAUUGGAGGUUUGGUCCUCAAUAUUCCGUAUAUUUUUGCUCUCAAUUUGACACAAAUGCUUCAGAUUAUUAUACAUUUUGGAAUGGAAAGAUUACGCGAGAUUCUACCUAUGAAACUAGUGGAAUUUAUCCUAUUGGUGCUAUUCUGGGAUUUGAUACUACAAAGCCAAUGCAAUCUGUAAUUAAAUCUCGAGUCGGUAUAUCGUUUAUGUCUGUGGAUCAAGCAUGUAAAAACGCACAGGAAGAGAUACCGAACUGGGAUUUUGAUUUAACAAGAGAAAAAGCAGUUGAAGCUUGGGAAGUGGAACUUGAGAAAAUUCAAGUUACUGAUGGAACUGACGAUUUAAAAAAGAUAUUUUAUUCGAAUUUAUACAGAACAAUGAUUACUCCAAGUGAUCGAACGGGAGAAAAUCCGAAUUGGGUAUCUUUUGAUAAAAAUGGUAGAAUUAUACCUAACUAUGAUGAUUUUUUAACAUUA